CUAACAUGCGCCACUGCCGCCACAUAAGACCUAAUCCUAAUAACAUGCCAAAGAACCUAAUAACUUAUACUAAGCAAUAACCUCACCAAUCUGUCACAAUAGCGAAAACAACAGUCAAAUAGAAACUCUACACCUUGUAACAUAAUCACAGCAAGACUCUUUUCUCAUGCCACGUGUCAUGUUAUCAUAGGUCCUAAUGCGUGCGUCACAAUAUAUAGUUUAUCUACGUAAAGGUAUAACCUAUAAUUAGGGAUAUAGAACUUGAACUCGAAAGUUUCUUUAGUAAAAAGUGGGGUAUAUCGUUAAUUUCCAUGGCCGAAGAUGCAUCAAAGAUUGAAGAAGCAUGUGCACUUGACAGCGUAGAAGGUUGUGAAUGCGAUAAUGAAGACACAAGCACAGUCACUUAUUAUUGUGACUGGUUCCAUGGACAUGGACUACUGUGCUCUACGUUGAAGGAACUGAAGAAGGAGUUGAAGGGACUCAAAAGGGGUAUAGUUCUGAGAGGGCAAAAAUGGAAGACACAUUUUGUGCCAUGGUUGAGGACAUGCUGCUGCAGCUUCGGGGAAAUGAUGAGCAAGAAGAAGAAGAAGAAGAGGAGGAGGAGAAUGCAGUUCCAGUACGAUCCAAAGAGUUAUGCUCUUAAUUUUGAUGAUGGAAUGAUAGAGAAUGAGGAUGAUGGUGCUUAUCUUGAUUUUUCGGCUCGAUAUGCAUGUCCAUUGGGAAUAAACAAGGAGUUUCUGGGCUUGGAAGCUAGCUUAAAUCAUGAUGAUGAAAAACAUUCUGGGUUCAUUAUUCACAUGUUCUAGUUAUUUUUCUUUUUAUUUCUUUUUCCUUCUCGUGUUAUUUUGUUCAGCUAAAGUGUAUAUAUAUACGUGCAUAUAGAGAGGUAGAUGCAUUUUCACUUAAAUCGUUUUAUAUGUUGACCAAAUUUUAGU